UUGUACAUAUCGUUCAAGGUCACGAGACAUUUAUAAAAGUCAACACAAAUAAUCGCACACUAGUUUCCGAAAUAUCCUAAUGUCAUCCAACCAAGGGAAUAAGAUAGAUCGGUACGAAAUCUUCCGCAUUCGUCAAGGCAUGAGGCCCAGAAGUAAUGACGAGGCAUAUUUCGAUUGCAGUGGCAGUCCGAUGAUCGACGGAUUUGAUCACAAGAUACGGGUUUACAACAAAAAAGGAGCAACAGGAAAUCAAAGAGGAGUCAAUUCUGAGCAAACAUAUGGAAGCAAAAAUACAUCAGACUGUAGUUAUCAGCAAGAUUUUGGUGAUAACUUAGGUCCAUUGGUUACUUAUGGGAUCGAUGAUGAACCCAAGCCAGGUCAUUGUUCAACUAGAUACUUUUAUCGAUCUUUACUAUGGCCCUUCUACUCAUGACUUGUGUGUCAUCUGUCUCUCUGGAUGUUUUACAAUUACUUUUUUGUCAAGACGAGAUUUUUAAAGAACGAUGAUCAGCUGAUGUAGGGAACUGUUUAUAUGUGUUCCAUUGAUUAGCACACUCAUCUAAAAUUGCUUUUAAAUAGAAAUAAUGGCACAAAAUACCAGUUAUUUGUCGUUAAUAUGACGAAGUAAAAUGAUAUUGUAACUUGAAUACGUAUAAACUACACACUAGAUAAUCUUUAGGAGUUAAGCAGUAGUUCUAACUCUAUCAAUUAUUUUAAAUAUUGGCAAAGUCAUGCCACAGUUUUAUAAACCAUUUGACGAUAAUCUAUAUCGUGAACGUACAUUAGUUGAAAGACUGAUAAAAGUAGAGAGCUAUGGAUGUCUGUUUACUACCUGCUCAAAACUCUUCAAAAAUGCUUGCUGACAACCAUAUUUGAGAUUGAAUCCAAAGUUCACAUGCCCCCGGUGGCUUUAUUAUAUAACUGGUCUACUGGCUUUAAAUCAAUCUACAGUACCCAAGGAUUGGAGAAUAUUAAACGUAAAUCUUUACCGCAUCUCCAGCUAGAGAUAAUUCAUUGUCUGUUUCUGGUAAUAUACUGAAAAAUGGGUAUUCUAAUUAAGUAAAUACUUAGCAGUUACAUAUGUCACAACAGAUCAAGUAUUUAUGAUGUAUGACAAUUAGUAAAGCUCUACGUAAAAGUUCAGAACUCAGUGUUAAGUUCUUGUUGUCUUCUACAAUGAAACAAUAUCACUAAGUGCUUUCCGAUUGUGUCUUAUGGAACGUAGACAGCCACAAAUAUAUGAAUGACUGAAGUGAAGCAAAAAUAUUGCAUUAGAGUUACAGAAUCCUGUCUGUUGAUCUUGAAGAUGGGCAUCAACCAAAUCCUCCAUCCGGUUCAGCAAUCCUCUGUUGUAAUCAUUUCCUAGUGCCAAAAGUAGUGUGAUGCAUCUGUAGUUCUCAGAUUUGAUCAGAUCUCCUUCAUUUGGUAUCUUGAUAUCUAUGGUAUUCAUCUUCUCAGUCUGUUAUCACUUGCAUUUCCCUCCAUCAAACCUUCCUGAAUAGAAUAUGGAGCAUAUAUGCAGGUACUACUAUGUCUGACUUCAGUGGUUUAGCUGGUAUGUUGUCAGGUCGUGCUACAUUUUUACACUCUUCACUUGUCUAAUGUACAUCCUGACUUUAUGGAUCAUUGAUGGAGUACGGUGUAUAAGGAUGCCUGUAGGUGCUGAAUGGAUUUCUAAUGUAUUGAAUGGAGCUGGUUUAUUCAACAGUUGCUUAAAUUGUUCUAUCCAACUAUCCCUAUCUUCUUGAAUCUCAGUCAUUGCUUUGCCUUAUUUGUACUUGAACGGUCUCUCUGGUUUACUAUAUUUCAUUACCAAUUUCUUCGUUGUGUCAUAUAGUUGUUUCAGAUUUCCUUCUCUAGCAGAAUUUUUCGUUGUUGUUGCUAUGUCCACCACGUAUUUCCACUUGUUGACUCCAAUGUCCCUCUUCACUCGCUUGAUUGCUUCAAUGUAAUCAGAUUGUGCCUUGACUGUCUCUGCUCCCGUUCCACUGUUGUUCAUUACCGUCUUCUUGUUCUUCCUUUAUCAAAUCUCGCAAAUGGUCUCAACAGAGAUGCACUCCUUAUGAUGAUGCUUGUUUAUUUUGAACAACAUAUUAAGCAAGAUUUUUUCUUCGUGAUGCUGUUGCUGACUUCAGUCCAUCUUCUCUUCCCGGUCUUGAAACCAUCGGUGGCCCCAGAAAAUGUAUAGGAGGAGUUAAAUGAUUAUUCAGCAUUUGAAAAUGAUUUGAACAUAGUUUGUAAUUAGAUUGAAGUAAACAAACUUUUAAUUCACUUGUCAUAAGCUUCAACAGCACAUUUCAAACGUAUAUGUUCUGAGAUUAAAUAGGUAUCUGAUAAUAAAUUUAAAUAAUAUUAACUAUUCUAAUUUUUUAAUUUUUUAAAUUUUAUCUUAAUAUAAUGCUUUAUUUCAAUUUUUCUCUUUCUUAGUGAUAAUAAACGUAAAUGAAAUU